UGACCACAAAUAUCCUAAAUCUAACCUAACCUGGAAGUUUCUCACGUGACCACAAAUAUCCUGAACCUAACCUAACCUUACAUUCCCGACCAGCCAUACUUCGAAGCUCGAAACAAUAAAACGCACGUUUCAAGUUGCAUAUAAUUAAUAAAAUCUGGUACAAAGUAGAGAGACGGUUGCAAAUAGAGCGAUAAACUGGAAGAAACCAAGGUGCAUUAAACGUGCAUGCAAGCCUAUAAACGCAGAAUGUUUUUUCUUUCUUUCAGAAAAAAAAAGAAAAGUUGCAUGCUCGAUAGCUGCUUCGCACGAUCUAAAUACCCCGCGAAUAUGCUUUUGAUCGUUGGCGGAGAAACUUGAACGUUCGUUCAUUAUGUAACUAUAAGUAUUUCGCUGGUUUUUAUUUUUUUAAUGUUUAUUUUGUGCUCAAACGUCGAAUGAUCAACAUGCAUAUCGCGGUAGGGUUAAUUGCAACUAAGUUGGCGUUGAAGUUUGAAAUGAUCUGAAAGUUACAUAAAUAAUUGGAUUCGGAAUGAAUGUCGCGUGGAUAACGACCUUUUUUACCGUGCUGUUUCUCGCGGAGCUUACGGUGAACGUCGGUGCUAUUUUCUUCUCGUCAUUGCUGUCGCCGAAAGUGAAAAUCAACUUUCCAUCGCUGGGGAAACCCGGCAAGGAUCCUAAACAUGUGGAUGGAUGCAGACAGAAGCCACAUAUCAUCAUCAUACUUGCCGACGAUUUGGGAUGGAACGACGUGAGUUUCCACGGAUCCGACCAAAUUCCGACGCCCAACAUCGACGCCAUUGCGUACAAUGGAAUCAUCUUGAACAGCCAUUACGUUGCUGCAUUAUGCACGCCAAGUAGAACUGCUCUAAUGACCGGAAAAAAUCCGAUUCAUCUUGGCAUGCAACACAGCGUUCUUCUUCCUAGUGAGCCCAGAGGACUUCCGCUGAGCGAGAAACUACUUCCUGAGUAUUUAAGAGAGGUAGGGUACAGAACACACGCAGUGGGAAAAUGGCACCUAGGAUAUUUUAGAAGGGAGUACACUCCAACGUUCCGUGGAUUUGACACCCAUUUUGGUUACUGGAAUGGCCUUCAAGAUUAUUACACACACAUUACACAAGAACCAGAUCCACAGUUCGGUGAGUUUAUGGGUCUCGACAUGAGACGAAAUCUCACAGCAGCUUGGGACACUCAAGGCAAAUACUCUACGGAUCUUUUCACGGAGGAAGCAGUGCGAUUGAUCAAUGAACACGACAAGGACGAUCCAAUGUUUCUGUAUUUAGCACAUUUAGCACCGCAUAAAGGAAAUCCGAACCGACUUUUGCGAGCUUCUGACGAGGACAUUGCAAGGUUUUCGUACAUUCUUGAUCCCGAAAGGAGAAUACAAGCUGCCGUCGUCUCGAAAGUGGACCAAAGUGUCGGCGAGGUGAUGGACGCUCUGAGGAAACGUGGAAUGCUGGAGAACAGCAUAGUGCUGUUCAUGAGCGACAACGGAGCACCAACCCAAGGUUCCUUGAGUAACCAAGGCAGCAAUUAUCCUCUGCGAGGCAUAAAAGACAGUCCAUGGGAAGGGGGAACAAGAGGGGUAGCCGCCAUUUGGAGUCCUCUGAUCAAGGAGUCACAAAGAGUCUCGAACCAAAUGAUGUUCAUUGCCGACUGGCUUCCUACGCUCCUGUCUGCAGCAGGAGUGGAUAGCAAACAGCUCGGCAACAUCGAUGGAUUCGAUCUCUGGCCCGCAUUGAGAUCAGACAAGAUCAGCCCCAGAUCAGACGUGGUCCUCAACAUCGACGACAUAAGCAAGUACGCAUCUAUAAGACGAGGCGACUUCAAGUACGUGAUCGGUGAGACAGAAACCGGCAGAGCAUGGGUGGGAGCAACCGGGGCUCCUUCAGAGGGCAUCCCGCCCAAAUAUGAUCCUGACAAAGUGCUGUACAGCAAAGCCGGGGUUGCCAUUUCGGGCGUCCUCACUGCCAAACAGGCAAAGGAACUGAAGAAAAAGAAAAACACAAGUUCGAAGAUUGAUUUCGAGGAGAAGAUACUGUCAGCUGAGAAAAUAUUUCAGCUGAGGAAUGAUGCUAGGGUGCAGUGCAACGUCAAGGAAGAAAACAGGAUUCCUUGCGACCCAACAGCAGCACCCUGUCUCUUCAACAUAGAGAAAGACCCAUGCGAGAUGGUGAACCUCGCCGACAAAAGACCCCUGAUCCUAGCCAUCAUGGAAAGGGUUCUAAUGAAUUACAGGUUGACCACCGUACCGCCCAGCAACGUGAACGGCGAUCCCAGAGCGAACCCAGCACUUUGGAACAAUACAUGGACCACUUGGGACGACCCCCAUCCUCUGGCUCUGAGUCUCACCGGAACCGAUGAGUCUCACAAACGUUCUGCACCUGCUAUCGCUGUCAUGUCCGUCAUCUGCGGCCUCUUCGUCGUCGGUGUUAUGACGCUGAUCGCUUUGAAAUGUGGCAAAUGUAACUCGAAGGCCUCGGAGAACCUCGAGUACAGAAAUGAACAGGAGACGGUUGCUUGCACCUCUGAAGAUGCGUUCUCCAUGUCCAGAAUUGUGGAGAAACGCGAAGGUUCACUGAGACGUGAAGACAUAAAUUGACGAAGAUGCGCAAGAAUUUUGAUAUUUCAACAAAUGAAAUGUGUAUGAAGCAAAUGUUAAUUUGUAAAUUGAAGAAAAUUUAAUGUAGCAUUUCUGUCUUGUGCAAUCUUUACUGAAGUAUCAUCCACACGGUAUGUGGCAUCAUAUCGCUGAUGGCAUGAGGUCAAUUUUUAAACUUGAGGUACCGCUUGUUGAGCAAGUCUGUUGUACUCUUUCCUCGCACUGAAUAUUGUGCACGCUUGUAAAUAGUUCACUAUGUUCACAAAUAUUUGACCGGUUGAUAUAGUCCUCGAAGUGAGAGAAUGUACCAUAGUACAACUAUAUCUAGGUAAAGCGGUACAAAUAGUUUUGUAAGAUAAAAACAUCUGCAGCUCCCUCUAGAUUGUCCAAAACCAAAAGCAAACAUAUUGAGUAUGCACAUACAUUUUCUCAUGACGAGGACGAUACCAAACAUGCAUUGACACGAUUGUGUUAGAUUUAUGAAUAAGUUCCCUCACUGUUUUACAAAAAUACAUUUGUUGAUUUGCAAACAUCGUUGGUCUAAAACCUCUGAUUUUCCUAAGUCCGCUUUCCACAAAUUUUCCUAGGAGGCUUCCAUUUAUACAGGUGUCUAAAAAAGAUGUGGGCGCCAUCUAGUGACCCAUUGCGAAAUUGUGGAUCAAAGUCAUUAGCCAUCUAGCGGU